CGCUGAGCGCCUUAGGAGGAGCUGCAGAUCCAAAGCCUGAGGCCAGUCCACCCCCUUCGCAGCUUCUGUGGGGUCCUCGAGAUGAGCCUUCUACUCCGGAACCUCCAGAGUGCCAUUCCCCUGCGGAGGGCCCCGCUUCGGGCCCGAAUUGAGCUCCUACGGCACAUCCUGGGCAUCCAGCGCUUCGACCUGGGCGUGAUCUGUGUGGACAAUCAGGGCAUCCAGCGGCUCAAUAGGAUCUACCGCCAAGCACGCGGUCCUACUGACGUGCUUUCCUUUCCUUUCCAUGAGGACCUGAGAGCAGGGGCAGUACCUCAGCCCAAAUGCCCAGACGAGCUCAACUUGGGAGAUAUCUUCCUGGGAGUUGAGUACAUCUUCCACCAGUGCCAGGAGAAUGGCGAAAACUACUACGACAUUCUGACGGUGACGGCGGCUCACGGACUUUGCCAUUUGCUCGGGUACAAACACAACACGGCAGCAGAAUGGCGAGAGAUGUUUCAGAAAGAAAAGCUCACUCUCGAGGAGCUCAACAAGGUCACUGGAAGCAGCCUCCAGCCACUGACCAAGAACCUCUUUGGAUAACCCCCUUCCCAGGUUGCUAUAGGGAAAGAGCACGUGAGAGUCCUGUUGGAACUCUGCUUGUCAGGCGCCCCCCAGACUUAGUAGCAGGAUGGGCCAGCUGAGACCCGCUGACCACAAUCACCAAAGAAAUCCUCAUUGGGCCCAUCUGUACAGGAAAGGGCCUUGCAUCAAGUCCCGGAGGUGGUAGAGUUGAGGUCGGCGCAGCCGUGGCCCCCUGCUUGUCAGGCUGGGGAACCAAAGGCUCUGACGUGGCGGAUGGUGAGAAGACCGCUCGUGGGGAAAAGUUGCCUUGGCCUGUGGUGCUCCUGCCGAGGACCCAGAAGCAAGACGACAGCAGAGAUUCGUUUCGGAAGAGCCCACUCCAGGGCCUUGUGGGGUCAGUCCCGUUCACGUCCCCGUGGCCUGUCGGCCCCUGGCGUCUGUAAAAAUCGGUGCCGGGGAGAGGACGCGUUUGUGAAAUCAUUUAAGCCAGAGCAUGCCACGGAGCAGGCAGGACUUGUGAGCUUGACUUUAUUGUUUCGUAAUUGGACCCCAACCUCUCGGUCACUUUGACAUUAAGCAGGGCCAGGCAGCCUUCAGCAUGAGCUGCAUUUAACCUACAAACCUACAGAUCUCGAUAACAUGGGAGUUUGGGGAGGGGAAACGUGGCAUUAAACACUUUCACACGUUGCUUAAAAUCCAUCAGACUGCCGUUUCUUCUUUGGUUUUCGGGAACUCAGAGUUCUCCCAAGUCUCUCAGAGUUGACAAGUGGAACUUAUAAACCUCAUCUUCCUC